GUUGAGCGACAAUUUUCUUGUCAACAAUCAAGAUGAUAGUACAGCUUAUAAGUCCUACAAUUAUUUAACCUGCAACUAUCAAAAUGAAAUCGACUGCUUUAAAUGAUUCGCAAAUUAUGAGAGACAAUAAACUGUAAACAGUAAAGAUUAAAUUUGCCUCGUAAUUAGCAAAAAUACAACAAUCACUGCCUUAUUGCCAAACAAUUAAAUUAACUGGAAAAAUACUGUGAAAUAAAGCUACACAAACAAAAUAGUUUAGUUUAUCAUCAUUCAUUAGUUAAUCAUCCAAACAAACAGCCUCCUCCAGCUCACUUAUCAUUGAGCUUAAAAAAUAGUUAAAUCACAAUGUAUGCUCCAAUACCUUGAUUGUCACAAUUCAAUAUAAAACUCAAUUUUUAACUUGUAAUAAUUCCUAUGAAAUCCAACAAACAUAAUUUACUAUUGAUUUCAAUUUUGUGCAUUAACCUUACAAAUCAACACAGUUUUCUUCAGUCGAUUUACCGUUGAUUCAAUAUAAUGACCAAUCCAGAGCACAAAAAAUGGACCUUUCCAGUUCGUUACAUCUUCUUCGUAAUGGCUUUUCUUGGACUCAACAUUUUGUACUCACUUCGAGUCAAUCUGAGCGUUGCCAUCGUCUCAAUGUCCAAAGAUAUAACCAAUUCAUCUGAUGUGACUGUCAAAAGUGAAUGUAAAGCUCCAAAAUCAGCUAACAGUAGCGUUCCUUUAAUUAUUGAUUUAUAUACUGGUAAUUCAACGCAAAAUGGAACACAGGAUGAAGUCGCUGGUGAAUUUGAUUGGGAUUCCCAAAUUCAAUCUUACAUCGUGAGCAGCUUUUUCCUCGGAUAUGUAAUCACCCAAAUCCCGGCCGGUCGAAUGGCUGAACGCUAUGGAUCCAAGAAAAUACUGGCCACAAGCAUAUUUUUGGCUUCUGUUUUAACCCUAUUCUGUCCAAUUGCUGCUCGUUUCCAUUACCAAGCAUUUAUCGCAUGUCGCGUUUUAAUUGGACUGGCUGAGGGGAUGUUUUUCCCAUCUAUGCACUCAAUGUGUGCUCGUUGGUUUCCCAAACCAGAUCGUAGUCUCAUGACUGCCGUUGUAUAUAGUGGAGCUCAAAUAGGAACUGUAAUUACUAUGGUAGCGACGGGUUAUCUUGUCGGUUUUGCUGGCUGGCCUUCAGCCUUUUAUGUCUUUGGUGUAAUCGGGUUGAUUUGGGUUGUGUUAUGGAUUUUAGUAGUAUACGAGUCUCCUUUAACUCAUCCAUUUAUUAGUGAAGAAGAGAUUCUUUAUAUCGGUAUUGACCAAAAUAGUGAAGACAUACGUAAAGAACAAAAAACUCCUUGGGCAGCCAUUUUCACUUCCCCAGCUGUAUGGGCCUUAGUCGCGGCUCAUUUUGGUCAAAAUUGGGGCUUUUAUACUUUACUGUUUGAAAUUCCAAUUUAUUUAAAAUCAGUGCUUGGAUUAGAUAUUAAAAAGAAUGGACUGAUUUCCGGGUUGCCCUAUUUAAUACAAGCAAUUUCUGGUUGGAUUGUUGGCUUUAUCUUUGAUUGUCUUAUCAAAUCAAAUUUUGUUGGUGUUAAUGCCGGACGAAAAAUUGCCAACACGAUUGGGCUCAUUGGGCCAGCGAUUUGUAUUGUUGGUCUAGUUUUAGCCAAGUGUGAUAUUCAUUGGAUAAUUGCCGCUCUUUUCCUGUCGAUGGCAUUAAACGGCUUCACUUAUUCGGGUUUCAAUAUAACUCAUGUAGAUAUGUCUCCUGAUUAUGCCGGAACUCUCAUGGGAAUAACCAAUUGUAUAGCAAAUGUUGCCGGAAUCUUAGCCCCUGUUUAUGCUGGAAUAAUGAACAGUAAAGAGAUUUCCUUGGAAAGUUGGUCGCGAACAUUUUACACUUCAACAGCUGUUUACGUGGUAACCUCAUUCAUUUUUAUCUUUUUUGGAUCUGCUGAACUUCAACCAUGGGGAUUACCCAGCACCAAGCGGAAAGGAAGCGAACCAUGAUGAUAACUGAGCAUGUUGAUUGGCAUCUUUACAGAUAGUCCAAGAAUCUCAUUGUUGAUUUAUUUUAUUCUCAUUAGUUUGCCAUGUUUUUUAUUUAUCAAUGCUGGUCAGACUCACUUUUUAAAGAUUUUAUAAAUACAGUAGCCUGUAGGCUAAAAUUUAUGGACAAAAGCUUUGAACUGCUGAAGUUUUUUUUAAUAAUUAGUUUAUUUACGUUAUCGUUACAUGAUUUGAUAGCGGAGAAACUAAGCUUCUCUGUGAUAUGGUUUAUUAUUAAUAACUUCAUCUCAGAAUCAGCAAUCACUAUUUAUUUUAUAUAAUUCAUUAGAUGGGCAAAAAAAUAUUCCGAAAAUUUUCGUACCAAUUUCCUAUUUCAUUGAUUAAGUAGUGCAUGCAAGUGAUCUCAAAAAUUUGAUACAAACUUGGGUCAAGAGAUGUUUCUUUUGUCAAUGAUUGGCGAUAAUUAGCUUGAUUAUACGCUAAAACAAUUAUCUUUGUUGAAGAAGAAAAGGUUAAGAAAAAGUUGAGACAAGCAGAUUUUUAAUGAACUGACAAUUGUGAGUGUAUGAUGAUUUGCAGAUGAACCAAUUAUUCAAAUCAUUACAAAUUUUCGUAUCAUGGAUGUUGAUAUUUUCGCAUCAAUUCCUAUGGAUUUUAUCAAAUAGAAUUAUCUUUUAGGAGUAAUUAAGGUUAUACUAAUUUGUCCAUAAAUUUAAGCCUACGAGUUACUUAAUCCAGUUAUUAUGAAAAAUUUUGUUUGCGCCAUCUAUUGGGCAAGUAGAUUUUGUAAACAACAGCUGUCCUUACAAUAAUAUUCUGACAAUUGUGAGGUUUCAAAGAUAUCAUUUAAGCAAAAAUACAAGCUAACUGGUUAUAGUAGAGUCUUUAAAUAAUUAAUUGGCCUAAUGAGUUUUUCAUCCUUAUGGCAAUCAAUUGUAAAGUGAGCUUGACUUUGAACUAAACAAAUGAACGCAAUUUGAAUAGUCUCAAUGCAUGUCAGGUUUGCAUUUAUCAAAACAACGAUGUAAACAUGUAUUUUAUACCAUUACAACCUGUGGAUUCAGUCUCUCCUAUUUCACUCUUACCUCUUCAACUCAUCUUUUUUAAAUUAUUUUGAGGUGUAAACCAAAACUCUUAAAUGACCGUCAUUUCUGGUUGUUUUGCGUAUCUGGACCUUUGGGUCAUUGAUUAUUUAUCAACAACGAAACAUUGUUUUUUGAAAACCCCUUGUUGUGAUUUUACUUAUGAAGUAAAAAUAAACUAGAUUUUGUGUAAAAAUAUGCUUCAAAUAAACGGAAAGCACCAAUAAAUAAAUACAUUGCCUUUA